ACUAAUUCACUCCCUCUUUCUUUUCUCUCUCUCCGGUUUUAAUUCCAUGGCACUCUCUCUCUCAAGGAACCAACCCCGGCCUGCGCCGGUCCGGUUCACUCGGGUUCGCCGGACCGGCGGGUCGCGGUUCGUGCUGCUGACGCUGAACUACGCGGCGCUCUUUGCUGGGUCGCUCUCCUCCAGCCUCCUCUCCCGGUUCUACUUCGUCCACCACGGCUCGAACCGGUGGGUCGCCACCCUGGUCCAGUCGGCCGGGUUCCCGCUCCUCCUCAUCCCGGUCUAUUUCACCCCCUCCUCCAUUUCUUCUUCUUCUUCGUCUUCUUCUUUUUCUUUGGGGACGGGGCAUGGGCAUGGGCAUGGGCGUCCGUUCUCGCGAUUCACGCCGCGGCUGCUGGCGCUGAGUGUGCUGCUGGGGCUGCUGAUGGGGGUGAACAACCUGCUGUUCUCGUGCGGGACUUCGUACCUGCCGGUGUCGACGUCAUCGCUGCUGCUGUCGACGCAGCUCGGGUUCACGCUCGUCCUCGCGGCGGUGCUCGUCCGCCACCCGCUCACCUUCGCCAACCUCAACGCCGUCGUGCUGCUCACCCUCAGCUCCGUCCUCCUCGCCGUCCGCUCCGCCUCCCAGGGCUCCGACAACGACCGCCCCGCCGGCGAGACCCGCGCCCACUACUUCCUCGGCUUCGCCGCCUCCCUCGGCGCCGCCGGCCUCUUCGCCGCCUACCUCCCCGUCAUGGAGAUCGUCUACCGCGGGGUCGUCGGCUUCCGCAUGGUCGUCGAGGUGCAGGUUGUGAUGGAGGCGGCGGCGACGGCGCUGGCGGCGGCAGGGCUGGCAGCGGACGGGGGCUGGCGCGAGCACGGCAGGUGGGACCUGAGCCCAGCGGCGUACUGGGCGACGAUCGGGGCCGUCAUGCUCAGCUGGCAGCUCUGCUUCAUGGGCACGGCGGGGCUGAUCUUCCUGACGUCGUCGCUGCACAGCGGCAUCUGCAUGACGGCCGUCCUCUCCGCCAACGUGCUCGGCGGCGUCGCGGCCUUCGGCGACGAGUUCGGCCCCGAGAAGGGCAUCGCCACCGCGCUCUGCGUGUGGGGCUUCUCCUCGUACAUCUACGGCGAGUACAUGAAGAAGCGGACGGCGGAGACGGAGAAGGAGCUGGAGAAAAUAGGUCAUGGUGGUGGCGGUGGCAACCCUAAUAUUAAUGGUAGUGGUAAUAGUGAUGGUGAUGGAGAUGGAGAGAGGGUGAGUGUGUAAAUUUUUGUUCUUUGUUGGGUGAGCAUAUCAAAUAUUUCUGCAUACUUAGCAAUAAAUGUAAAAAGUAAAAGAAACAAAAGUAGGAGGGAAAAAACCAAAAAAGAAUAAUAUAAUUAAGUACAAGGUGGCUAUAAAUAGAUGUGUAAUGGUGGAAGGUGGUGGUGGUGGUGGUGGUGGGGGUUCCUCUCAAGGGUUUUAUUAGGGUUUUAAAAAUUAAAUUAGACAAUAGGCUCGAUCUGCAGUUACUUUUUGAUUGUAAUCUUACAACUCUAUCAUCUAAGGUUCGAUUUGAGUACUUUGCUUCGGUCAGCAUGAGAGAGA